GACGGCUCCCCUCUGGCGCCAUCCACAGCUCCAGCUUCUCCAUGGUCGCCCGUGACACCGAUGGUCGCCUCCGCCUCAGCCUUCUUCCCGGCAGCUGCCGGUGCAAGUGUCUGCUCCAGCGGAAGGUGCUUGCCGCGCGCUACUGCAUCGGGCAUGGAGGUGGCGCCGCCGUCGCCAGCGGUGUCCCCCGACGUGUCGCCGGCGAUGUCCCCUGGCGCGGCGAUUCGUCGCAACGCACGCCGGCUGGGCAUCCCGCUGGACCUCCAGGUGCACGGCAUCCACGCGCCGGUGCCCGUGCUUGCUGGAGGGCCCGACGGGGACGAGGUGCUCGCGCCCUCGCCGCACGCCGGGUCGGCGCCUGCGCCGGUGGAACUGCCGAAGGACCUCCCCCUGCACCGGCCCUCCACGAAGCCGCCUCAGAGCAUCACCGCCGCCGCGCGCCCGAGUGCUGGCCGCUUCUCUGGCGCCUGA